CUACUUUUUAUCCACUAACAAGUGAAACAAAUACAACUUUGACUAAAAGUAUGUGAACUCUUUUAUGUCUGUGUUUAUUAUUUAGCUUCUUCCCGAUUAGCCAUGGGUAAGCGUCAUCAUUAGGCGACUGUCCUAGCAAGCGGCUGGUAAAUUAGCCUCUUCUUCAGACACAGGCGGUAUGUCAAUUCUUCGUUUGUGGUGUUGAUUAAGGUAUUUCGCAACAAUUCGAAUUUAAGUUGUUAAUGUGACAGGCAGUAACGUUGCCUUUAAUUUAAUGUCCAUGUCUUUGUACGUUUAGGUCAGUCACAAUAAGAGCUAGCUUCAAGGUUGCAAUUGAUGAUAAAACAUCAGUGAGUACAAAUAACGAGAAUGGUUUUAUUUAAUAUACAACGUCAUUCAGUCUGCGCGCAUACUAGAACAUACAGUUAAUACCUCUCCGUCAGUCAUGUAACAGUUUGUUUAAUAACUCAGUGUUGAUUUUAGUGGCAUCUAGCGUUGAAUAGGGCUAUUAUAUUUAACUAUAAUUUAAAAAUCUAAAACUACAGUACUGUGCAAGUCUUUUCUUUAUAUUUUGCAAGGAAAAUUGAAAAUCAUUUAUAUAAUAGAAAUAUAGUAUAUAAGGCUAAACCGAGUUUUGCAGGCCUUGAAGGUCAAUAUUUGAUAUGACCACCUUUAUUCUUCAACACAACAACAUCCUGAAGUCUCUUAGUCAGCUUUCUUGCCAUUUUAUUAAGUAGUCUCCAGGAAUAGUUCUCCAGGCGUCUUGAAAGACAUUCAAAUCUCUUUUUUGUUUUGUUUUUUAUUUUCUGUUCACGCACACUGUUUCAGUCAUGUUGAGGUCCAUGCUCUGGAGGCCAAUCCAUGGCAUUUCACAGAGAGCUGUAGACACUCACUGUCAUUGUUCUCUACUGACCUCCUUUGUACAUAGAGUAACAAUGAUUUGUAAAUGAAUUUGCAAAUUUGGAUUCCUCUCCAUUAAGCUCUGCUGCCACUGAUUUUUCAGUCCAGUUCUUGUGUAAUUUGGCAUACCCCAGGCUUCUUGAGACCAUUUUUAAUGUGGCUUCAGUGAACAGUUGAUGGAUCGACUAAUGGGCCAGAUGCAUCUCUCAGGUCCUCUGUCUGGUCUUUCCUGGAUUUUUUUUCCCCUAUUCUUAAGGACGUGACAUUCAGAUUCGGAGCCCCGAUGACUGCCUCCACCCGUACCACUGUGCUGUCGCUGUACAUGCGCGUUUUUCGCAUUGCCCGAACCUGGCAAGCACAGAGUGGUGUUGCGAGUGACACGGAGACAGAGAGGAAGUACAUACUGCAGGAGGCCCGCACUCUGUUCAGACAGAACCAAAAGCUCACAGAACAAGAAUCAAUAAGAAAGUGUAUAGAGGAAUGUGAAGCAAGGAUAGAAAUCGGUCUUCAUUACAGAAACCCAUAUCCAAGAGCUACGUAUCUACCACCCAUGGGACUGGCAACUCAGAAGGGCAGGAAGCUACGAGCACAGCAGCGCCUGAGGAAACAGGCCAAACCAAUUUACUUACAGUCACAUGAUGAGACCUGAUGCUCGACAUCCCCGAUCUUUGUCAAGAGUUUAAGUUACCAAGGAGAGAAAACUAGAGUGCUGUUGCAGUCGAGAUGCUGCAAGCACUCAAUGAUGCAGGAACGCACGUCAUUCAGGAUAAAGCCACUUUUCAUUGUAUUUUCUUUUUCAAAACACAAUCAGGAGUUGUAACUGUAGGUGAAGAGUGUCAGAUUCCUUUCAGCCCAGGAAAGUUCCCACUGUACCACUUUCUAAUGUCAUACAAGUUUGUAUAUUUUAUUUAUUGUUGAGUUUAUUUGAUUAAUAAAAUUGUCUCAAUGUG